CUUUCCUGUCAGUCCCGACCGGCAGCAGUUGGGUCUCCCCAUCUCUCCUCAACUUCCCCGGUCUUCGGCCCGAGCUGUAUGAGGCAGAAACUCGUCCCACGUACGGUUCGGAGGCCGAGCCCCACCCCUGCAAUAAUGGUGCGGCUUAGGUCAACUAAUACGAAUAAGAUACAGUUCACUCAACGAUUGCCCUUGGGUCCCGAACUCCAUAUGGGGAAGGAACGUUGUUGUUUGCGAGGUCUCGAUCAUUUACAUGGACCCACUUCUCAUUCCAUUUGUGGGAAUUUGAUGAUUUAUAAACCGUCCCCAACGAGCGAAAGGUUCAUGUUUGAACAUGAUGAAUCACUUCGUGCCGACCUGUUGCCCAUAAACUUUCCUGCCUCAUAUGAGAAUGGAAAACUGGAAGAUUUUCUGCAUCGGCGGAUGAAGAAUCACGAACAUAAGAAUUUCUGGUUUAGCAUGUUCCCAGAAAGAAGAUACUUUUUUUCCAUUCGAGAAACGAGGAGCACGACUGAAGUGGCUAUACAUACAAAUCCAUUUACGGAUCUAUAUGCUCCAAUUGGAACUGGAAGUUCCAGAACUGGCGGCUGGUAUACCACCAUAAUGAAAUUGCCUUUUAUUUUUAGUAUUCAUAUAGGAUUUCUAUUGGCUUCAUCGGGAGGCUCGCGUAGUUUGUUACGUCAACUCCAAAAGGAUAAGUUGCAUUGGAAUCGAGAAAGUUUCGUUCAUAAUUGCAUAAAAGGAGUAAAAAUAGUGGCUGCGGCGCGUCGAGGGUCAACCUUUGAUAUCGAAUAACCUUUCAAGCCUUCCCCAAUGGAUCUCUAUCCUCCUUUGAAACCAAUAGAAGUUCACUGACCAUCCCUGUCAAACAUAACCCAAGGUAGGAUCGAGAGGAGAAGAAUAGGACUCUUGCUAGUAUCAUAACCUCUCGAUGGGAGAAUGAAACCAUUAGAUUAGUGGAAAGAAGAAAGAAUGGGAAGAAACCA